UAUAGACAUGUUAUUGUUUGUUGCAAUAUGUGUGGUGUAGCUUUGGAGUUAACACGAAUUCUUGCAGUUCUCGACCAUUGUAUGCAGAAACUGAGUUUUUGUGAAUAUUUUCACCUGCAAUCACAGAUACAGUACAUGUGCCAGAUCUUGUCGGAAGGGGCUCCGGCAUCCUACCUGCAGUCAGAGACUCCCCAGGACAGCAGGCUCUCUGUGUGUCAUAAGCUCUCCUUUGCCAUUGGAGGAGCCCCUAUCCAGGUGGCUGGAAGUGCCUCAGCAUUCUUCCUGCAGAUCUUUCUCCUUGACAUUGCCCAGAUCAAUGCUUUCCAGGCUUCCCUUGUGCUCUUCAUUGGAAAGGCGUGGGGAGCAGUAACAGACCCUGUUGUUGGCUUCUUCAUCAAUAUAAGUAAAUGGACCAGGAUUGGCAGACUCAUGCCAUGGAUGGUAGGCUGCACGCCCUUUGUGACCAUGACCUACGUCUUCCUGUGGUACGUUCCGCCAUUCUCUGCUGGAAGGUUCACGUGGUACCUGGGAUUUUACUGUCUUUACCAAACCUUGAUCACGUGUUUCCAUGUGCCUUACUCAGCCCUCACCAUGUUUCUCAGCACAGAACAGAAGGAACGGGACUCCGCCACCGCCUACAGAAUGACAAUGGAAGUGCUGGGCACGUUACUUGGAGCCGCCAUCCAGGGCCAGAUUGUUGCGAGCGCCCACACUUCCAAGCGCUGCCCACAGCACAAUGUAUCCACAGAAGGCCUGGGCAACAUCAGUAACCCUGCACAGAGAGAAGGACACACCAGCCGCCCCGCCCUCACUCAUGACUUCUUUGCACAUGCAAAAGCGGUGUAUAUGAUAGCUGCAGGUGUUAUUGGAGCCCUCUUCCUGCUUUGCACGGGGGUGCUGUUCUACGGCGUGAAGGAGAAGGAUGAUCCCUAUGCAUUGAAGACAGACAAGUCUAUUCAAUUUUUUAAAGGCUUCAAACUGGUGAUGCAACAUGGACCAUACAUCAAACUAACAGGAGCAUUCCUCUUUAUUUCCGUGGCUUUCCAGCUGGUGCAGAGCAACUUUGUCCUGUUUUGUACAUAUGCCGUGGAUCUCCAAGAUCACUUUCAGAACAUUGUUUUGACAAUUCUUAUUGCUGCAGCUGUAAGUAUUCCCUUAUGGCAGUGGUUCCUGCAGAGGUUUGGCAAAAAGACAGCAGCGUUCUGUGGCAUUUCAUGGAUGAUUCCGUUCAUCGUCACGCUGGUGUGCAUUCCCAGGCCGAUCGUGGCCUACGUGGUGGCAGUCAUGUCUGGUCUGAGUGUGGCUGCUUCUAUUCUGUUGCCAUGGUCAAUGCUACCUGAUGUGCUGGAUGACUUCAGAUUGCAAAACCCAGGAAUGAAGGGACAUGAAGCCAUCUUCUACUCCUUUUACGUGUUCUUCACGAAGUUUGCUGCAGGAGUUUCUCUAGGGGUUUCUACACUUUGUCUUGAAUUUGCUGGCUACGACACAGGAGCUUGCAGACAGCCCCCUCUAGUGGCCUUUACCUUGAAGUUGCUGAUCGGAGCAGUGCCAGCAGCUCUCAUUGUAACUGGGUUGCUGAUUCUGUACCUGUAUCCAAUCACAGAGAAAGUCAGGUCAACGAACAAGCGUCACCUUGACGAGCUCAGAAAGAGUGGCUUAAAUUCAGGAAGCGAGAUUCAUGAACAGGGAAGCAAAGCAUGAGCUCCUUAAGUGAAUGGACUUCAUGUGGGACAGGUCAUAUUCCAGGCUGUAUGGGAUGUCUUUCAGCAGUGUAUAUUACACUGGAAUAAAUAAGCAUUUCAAUAUGCUUUGGUAUAUAUUAGUAGAGCUCUAUUUUUGGAAGGAAAUAAGUGUGUAUAACCAUGUAAGAUUUACAUUUUAAUUUAAAUUAUUGUAUUUUGCUAUUUAUUUUCUUAAAGUAAAACAUACAUGGGCAAUUGCAAGGGUUUGUCUGGUGUUUUCAAAUGGCCAUGGUUAGAUCUGUAAAGAACAGAUGCUGCAGUUUGGUAUAAGCUGGUUUGUUAAAAUAAGUACAGCUUUCUUCCCCUACUGAAUAUUUGCUAUCAUAAUCACAUUGCUAAUAUUGAUGUACUACUGAACAAUGUUUUGCCUAAAGAAAACUAAA